CAACUUCACGCACGUAUAAUUUAUUGACGUUUUACCAUUUGAUGUUAGUCGAAUUUGUUUUGGUUUUCUGUUUUGCGAAAAAUCGAAAAUUUUGUCUGGCACUCGUCUGGGUGGAAAACAAACUAGCUGAAGAUGCCCGAAAACAGCGAUUCAGCCGAUCCAACGGAUGUUGAGAUCGAAAAUGUUCGAGUGGUUGUCCGUGUACGCCCAAUGGACAAAAUCGAACAAGAUGCAUUCAGUGAAAAUGUUAUUAAAGUGGACAAAGUGAAUAGAAGUGUGAUUGUGCGUAAACCAAAUGCUAGUACCGGUGAGCCACCGAAAAUCUACUAUUUCGACAACGUUUUCGGCGAAGAUUCGUCACAGAUCGACCUGUACAUUGAUACGGCAAGACCGAUUGUGGACAAAGUGUUGGAAGGAUACAAUGGUACUAUACUGGCAUAUGGACAAACUGGCACGGGAAAAACGUACACAAUGUCCGGGAACGCUGAAUCACCUCAAACGAAGGGAAUCAUUCCGAAUACGUUCGCCCACAUAUUCGGUCACAUUGCUAAAGCGAAGGAUAAUCAAAAGUUUUUGGUGCGAGUGAGCUACAUGGAGAUUUACAAUGAAGAAGUCCGCGAUUUGCUCGGGAAAGAAUUGCACAAAAGUCUUGAAGUCAAAGAACGGGCUGACAUUGGCGUUUAUGUUAAAGACUUGAGUGGAUAUGUGGUCCACAACGCAGACGAUUUAGAUAACAUUAUGAAACUGGGCAACAAGAACCGUGUCGUUGGUGCAACCAAAAUGAACGUUGAAUCCUCUCGAUCUCAUGCUAUCUUCUCCAUAACCGUUGAAUCAAGCGAAAUGGAUGACAAAGGUGCUGAGCACGUCAAAAUGGGAAAACUUCAAUUGGUUGAUCUAGCGGGAUCCGAACGACAAAGCAAAACUCAGGCAACCGGCAUUCGCUUGAAGGAAGCGACUAAAAUCAAUUUGUCACUCUCAGUACUCGGUAAUGUUAUCAGUGCACUUGUUGAUGGUAAAAGCACUCAUAUUCCGUACCGGAAUUCGAAACUAACGCGACUCUUGCAAGAUUCGCUGGGUGGAAAUUCCAAGACUGUUAUGUGUGCCAGCAUCAGCCCAGCCGAUUCGAAUUAUGUGGAAACGAUUUCAACUCUCCGAUAUGCUGGUCGUGCCAAAAGUAUUCAGAAUCGCGCCCAUGUCAACGAAGAGCCCAAAGAUGCGCUGUUACGUCACUUUCAGGAGGAGAUCGCUGAGCUUAAGAAACAGCUGGAAGAAGGGGCAUUUGAAGUGGGCUCGGGUGACGAAGAUGAGGACGAUGAUGUUGAAGAUGAAGAAGACGAAGAUGAAAUGAUUACGAAAGAGAAGAGUCUAGUGAAUGGCGAUGGUUUGAAGAAAAUGAAACGCAGAAAGUCGAAGGUUAAAAAUGAUGCGGAGGAAACCGAAAAAACGGACGCUGAAAAGGAAAUGCUUGAGAAAAAGGCAUUGGAAAAUGAGCAAGAAUUGAAUUUGGCCAAAUCUGAACAGGAGCAGCUGAUGCAGAAAUUGCAGUCAUUGGAGAAUAAGAUCCUCGUCGGCGGUGAAAAUCUUCUAGAAAAAGCCCAAACCCAAGAGAAACUUCUCGAAAAUUCCAUUGCCGAACUGGAAGUGCGGGCGAAAAACGAACGCGAACUGAAGGAGUCAUUGCAACGAAAAGAGGCCGAACGCAUCGACAUCGAGGAGCGAUAUUCAUCGUUGCAAGAGGAAUGCAUCGGCAAGACAAAGAAAUUGCAGCGCGUCAUGCAAAUGCUAAUGAGCGUAAAAUCCGAAUUGGCCGAUCAGCAACAGGAACAGCAACGCGAAAAGGAAGGCAUCUACGAAUCCAUCCGUUCGCUGUCCCGAGAACUAGCUCUCUGCGAACUGGUCAUGAAUUCGUACAUACCGAAAGAGUACCAGAACAUGAUCGAACGGUUCACCCAUUGGAACGAGGACAUUGGCGAAUGGCAAUUGAAAUGUGUGGCAUACACGGGCAACAAUAUGCGGAAGAGUAUACCCGACGAAAAAGUGGUGGCUAAGGACAAUGAUUUCAUUGAUUUGUCGCACGUGUACUUGAGCUAUUCGAAUAACAGUGUCGACGAACCGGUUCGACGAAUUGAUUCGGCUCGACCGCGAACAUCCGGUGUGCCACGUCCAACAACGGCACGCAUUUACAAACCGUCAAUGUAUUAGUGAAGAUGAUGGUACUCUUGGCUCCGGAGAAUCAUGAGUGGAACGUAAUUUUAAUUGGAAAAUCUUUGUGGGAAAUUAAAUUCUUCUCUUGAUUUGUAUAAUGAUGAUGAUGUGCCCCAUCAUUGGAUACGAAGAUAUUGUACCCAAAAUUCUCGUUGAAUUUUAAGUUAAUUUCAUUAGAGAAAAAUCUUUUUUUUUUGUUCUUUCAUUUCCAUCAAUUCUUUUGUUUGUGAUUUUGCACAUUGUGCAAUUCCAUUAUUUAUGAAUUCUUUUCGUUAGUCGUAAAUUAUUAUUGUUGUUCUAGUGAUAGUUUUCAUGGUGAAGAAACUAAAAUCUUAAACUAAAAACAAAUUUCUCUCACAUAAUAUAUAUGGGAAAUGUAACACACAAAACUAAUCAAAUUUUAAAGAAAACAUGCAACGGAUCUAGUCUUUCUGCUAAAUAAAAAUUUACCAAAAUUUUAAA